AUGGAGCCCCAUGCGGCGAUGCUUCUAAACCCAAAGGGUUAUCGGAAGCAGACUCAGCGCAAUGGUAAUCGAUCUACCCCCUCGUCCCCCACCCCCGAGAAAGAUUAUAGUACUAUGACUCCCAUAGCUCCUAAUGAGAUCCUCGCUGGCUCACACUCUCCAGGUACGACUCGACAAAGUUCUAUACAGCCUGCUUCGAACCGAUCCUCUUGCGAACCUUCACCUUCCAUUGCACCGCUUGGAACAGUGCCCAUCAUGGCCUCGUUCCCCAGCCAGCCUCGUGAUCCUUUCUCGAGCGACAUGUCCUCCACCUCGAGCCCAGCGCGUAAUACCAAGACGAACCCGGAGCACGACCUUACUGUUCAAUUUACCAGCAUCCAUGGAGAAGAAGGGAAUGAAAGCGAUGCGAAACGAAGUCACUAUGAAAUCAGCGAUAGCGACGAUAGCGCCCGCCCGCGCAACUUGAUCGAAGGCAUAUAUGACGUUGAACAGAGAAGACACCAAACAAUGAAAAGGAUGAAAAUAGACAACGGCGACUCCAACAUUGAUGCCACGAAAAAGCCGGUUACCAUAUCGGGAGUCACAGGUCUUGGCCAGUGGAUGAAAGACGGCCAGGCCAAGCCAUCUUCCCCGCUAGUUCCGGCCUUGUCAGAUGUGGUAGACUUGACGGCGGACUUUUCGAAAACGAAAGAUGAUGAUGAAUGCCAAGUCACAGGUUCAAAUGAUCUCAGUUCUCAGCGGGUCUGCUACGGCAAAAUUGAAAGCGCCAUGAUCGUUGCCUUUCUUGUGCCAAAGCCGCGCGCCAACCCCGUGCUCGGGGACGAGGCAUUGCAAUGGUCUUCAAUGAAGCUAGACUUAGAUCGCCAACCUUCUAAGGAAAACUUGAUCAUCCGAGUCAAAGAUCCAUAUGGCAAGGAAUUUGGCAACGUGGACGCGAAAACUUCCCAAGCUCUGUGCCCUUUGCUUGAUGCACCCUUCGUACACCUUGAUAUUGUGGCACGCCUGGAUAUGCGCAAAAAGCAAGAAGGUGAAGUGGUAUGGCAACCCACCAAUGGGGCUUACCGAGCUUCGUUCACACUCUAUGGUGAACGAAAAAGUGCAGAGCAAAUUGGUAAUUUCCUCGGCCAACAGAAUGUCUGGCUGGGUACACCAAACUUUGUAGAGAAUGGUGUCCCGGUUUUUAACCCACAUGCAGAAAGACGACGAGCGUUGGCCGCCACAGCCGCAGCGAACAACGGUGGCCGUGAUCGAGCAGGCCCAGCUGUCAGAUAUGAGGUGCGAACGGCAGAAGAGGUGAAUGAUGCCGUGAUGAAGAUGUUUGAUCAACUUGUCAGUGCGGAUAUCCCCACAAUGGAGCCUCCGUCUGCUGUGCAAACACCUCUCCUGCACCAUCAAAAACAAGCACUUUGGUUUAUGACCGAGAAGGAACAAGAUCGAAAAUUUGGGCCCAAGGAAGAGCAAAACAAUUCUCUCUGGCGUAUGGGACAAAAAAGAAACGGGGCCAAACAAUACCGGGAGAUUAUCAGUGGCAUAUUGCUUGAUCAAGAACCUCCGCAGGUUUUGGGAGGUCUUCUUGCAGACAUGAUGGGUCUGGGAAAGACUCUUAGCAUUCUUUCUUUGACUGUGUCCACUUUGCAGGAAGCCCAGGACUGGGCAGAGCGCAUGCCUCAACGGGACCUGAUUCGCCAUUUUCCUGGUAUUCGCAACACCCGGACAACGCUCUUAGUCGUCCCGCUCACUGCUGUCAACAACUGGACGCAGCAGGUGAAAGAACAUCUCAAACAGGACUCUCUACAAUGCUACGUUUUCCAUGGCCAAUCUCGUACGACCAAUGUGGAUGAACUUGCUGAGUAUGAUCUGGUGAUCACGACGUAUAGUACGAUUUUGAGCGAAGUCUCAGGUCGAAGCUUGAAACGCAGAAGCAGUAGUCCUUUGGCAAAAAUGAAUAUGUUUCGCAUUGUCCUUGACGAGGCCCAUGCCAUUCGGGAGCAGAAUGCCAUGCAGACAAGAGCAAUCUUGAGCCUUCAUGCCCAGCGCCGGUGGUCUGUCACUGGUACUCCAAUUCAGAACCGACUCGAAGAUCUUCUGUCCGUUACCAAGUUCUUGAGGUUAUAUCCUUACGAUGACAGGGCUCGAUUCUCCCAGCAUAUAAUCAGCCCAUUCAAAACUGGCGACCCCACAGUUUUGGCCAGCCUGCGAGUUCUAAUCGACUCCUUCACACUACGCCGAACCAAGGAUCGAAUCAAGCUUCCGAAGCGUUUAGACCGAAUCGUUACCUUGAGUUUCUCGGAGAAGGAGCAUCAGCUCCAUGAGUUUUUCCGCAACGAAUCUAACGUGAUGAUGCGGGUGAUCGCUGGAGAGGAAAAAACUUCGAUGGGUGGACGCAUGUAUCACCAUGUCUUGAAGGCCAUGAUGAUUUUGCGACAAAUAAGUGCACAUGGCAAAGAACUUCUGGAUGUUGAUGAUCGGAAGAGAAUCAAGGGCCUGACGGUGCAGGAUGCAAUUGACCUUGAAGAAGGCGGCCCCGACAAGGCUAGUGUGACUGAUAAAAAAGCUUAUGACAUGCUGGACCUUAUGAAGCAGUCGAACAGUGACAAAUGUAACCUGUGCAAUAAGCAGCUUGAGGAUCCCCUCACAGAUACUGGAUCUGUUGAUAAGGAUGCCGCGAUGGCUUACUUUUUGCCUUGCUACCAUAUUCUCUGUGUCGACUGUUUCUCAGGCUGGAAACCUUCGUUCGAUAUGAACACCGAUUCACAGGUCAGAUGCACGGUAUGUGGUGGCUGGAUUGAUAUGGAGUAUAUCGCCAUCACUCCAGGCGGCUACGAUGCAUUCAAGGAGGAGCAAGCUCUUAGCAAAAAGAUGCGCAAGCAUGGCAAGAUCCUCGGCGAUUACGAAGGACCACACACUAAGACCAUUGCUUUGGUUGAUCACUUGAAGAAGAUCGCUGCGGAGAGUGAAACGUUGAUUGAUGAACCUCCUAUUAAGACGGUGAUCUUCUCAGCCUGGACUACACAUUUGGACCUAAUCGAGAUUGCUUUGCGAGACAAUGGCUUAGAUUCUUUCGUUCGUUUGGAUGGAACUAUGUCUCUACCAGCAAGAGGCAAGGCUUUGAACGACUUUGCCAACGAUGACUCUGUUACCAUCCUUCUUGCAACCAUUGGUGCCGGUGGCGUGGGCCUCAAUCUGACUUCUGCAUCCCGAGUCUUCAUCAUGGAGCCUCAAUACAACCCCGCUGCGGUUGCGCAGGCAGUGGAUCGUGUGCAUCGCCUUGGACAGCGACGUGAUGUAGAAACCUUCCAAUUCAUCAUGAAGAGCAGUAUUGAGGAAAAGAUUCUCGAGCUGGCCAAGAAGAAGCAGCAGCUUGCUGACAUGAGCAUGAACAGAGGUAAGCUCGACAAGCGAGAAGUCCAGGAGGCUCGCAUGAGAGAGUACCGCGGCCUGUUCAAAUAG